AUGACGCAGGAGUUUGACUUUACCAAUCAUUCGCAUAGACGCUACAAUCCGUUGACCAAUAGAUAUGUCUUGUGCUCGCCGCAUAGGGCAAAGAGGCCAUGGAAGGGAGCCAAGGAGGAAAUUAAAAAGACCCAAUUGCCCGAGUAUGACCCAAAGUGUUACUUGUGUCCAGGAAACAUUCGAGCCACUGGUGAUGUCAACCCGAAAUACCAAUCGACCUAUAUUUUCACCAACGACUAUCCUGCCGUGCGAUUGGAUCAACCAGACUAUGUUGCUGAUGAAACCACCGACAAAACUAAAUCGAGUUUGAAAAGCAGGCUCUUCAAGACGCAGGGAGUGAGGGGGAAAUGUUUAGUUAUCUGCUUUUCGCCAAAGCAUAACCUCACCAUCCCUCUCAUGACGUUUGCAGAACUCAACAAUGUAGUGCAAGCGUGGCAAAACUUGUAUAAUGACUUGUUGCUCGAGGUGGAGACAAAAAAGAGCCCUUACAAGUAUCUACAAAUUUUCGAGAACAAGGGCUUUGCAAUGGGCUGUUCGAAUCCGCAUCCACAUGGGCAAGCCUGGUGUUUGGAUUCUGUCCCUUCAGAAGUAGACGACGAAUUGGUCAACAUGCUGAAGUAUUUCCACGAAAACCACAGUCAUUUCCUUGGCGAUUACGUCCAGUUGGAAUUGCAGGAGAAAUCGAGGCUUGUUGCCGAGAACGACUCGUUUAUAGUGGCUGUCCCUUAUUGGGCAUUAUGGCCUUUUGAAACGUUGUUGAUUUCAAAAGAACAUGUCAAGUCGUUACGAGAUUUCACUGAAAAGCAUAGACUGGACUUGUGUCAAAUUUUAAAGACUUUGACUACGAAAUACGACAACUUGUUCAAUACCUCGUUCCCGUACUCGAUGGGUAUCCAUCAAGAGCCAUUUGAAUGUUCAAAAGACCACCGUGAAUGCUCGUGGUUCCACAUCCAUUUUUACCCACCGUUGUUGAGAUCUGCAACUGUCAAAAAGUUCUGCGUUGGGUUUGAGAUGCUUGGCGGGGCACAGCGUGAUUUAACCAGCGAGCAAGCUGCUGCCAGACUUCAAGAGCUAGAUGGGGACAACCAUUAUACAAAUUUAAUAGAGUAG